AUGGGCACUGGUGCUGGCGUUUCCAGGGGCGUGGCCAGACUGCUGACGCCCGUGUUUCCAGGGACGCGCUCAGAUGGUACUGACGUUUCUAGGGGUGUGGUCAGCGUGGUCCGACUGCUGGCGCUAAGCAAACUUUCGCGCUCAGACGGUCACCAUUUGAUCGCGCCUCCCCGCGGGGCCCGCGCCUCCGGAGAGCCCCGCCCCUCGGAGGGACCGCCCACCCACCCGGGACCGCACUUCCGCUCCGCCGAGGCCGGUUGGAUUUGGUUCCGCCGCGCGGGGCUGACGCCUGCGCACUGCACCGAGUUGGCGCACAUGCGCAGUGCGCGGGGGCUGCGGGCCGCCCUCGGCCGGGCGCCGGAACUCACAGCCCGCGAUGGGGAGGUCGGUGCUUCGAGGGCUGGGGUGGCCGGCAGGGAGCCCCUCUUCUGCAGCCAGUGGGACCCCCGCUCGGUCAGAGGCCAGAUCGGGGCAGUGGACAGUGUGGUGCUGGCCCCGGCAGAGCAGCGGGCCCUGGAGCGGAAGCAGAAGAAGGAGCGCAGGAAGGAGGAGAAGCGGCUCCUGCGGGAGGCAGGGGGUCUCCCUGCCCCGAAGACCCCGCCUGCCCCGGGGCCCACCCCCUCAGGGGGCUCGCUGGCCCUAGACUACCUCCGCAGCUGGGCCCAGAAGCAGCGAGACUGGAAGUUCAGGAAGGCGAGGCAGACCUGGCUCCUGGUGCACAUGUACGACAGCGACAAGGUUCCUGACGAGCACUUCCCCACCCUGCUGGCCUACCUGGAGGGGCUGAAGGGCCAGGCCCGAGAGCUGACCGUGCAGAAAGCAGAGGCCCGCAUGCUGGCACUGGAUGAGGCUGCGGCAACCGGCCAGGACCCCCAGCUGCUGGGGCAGGCCCACCGAAUCCGCCAGGUGCUGCAGCUGCUCUCCUAGGGGGCAGCAGCUCCACUCCGGCCACAAGCCCAGGGCCCCCUGGCUCCCCUGUAGUGUGUUUGUGGGGGAAUGCCUAUUUUUCUACAAAGGGAAGGGUGGCUCAGGGUCACCCCACUGGGGCCAGGGGUGUUUGGGGUGGGCCCAGGCUUAUAGCUGGUUGCCCCGUCGUCAAUAAAAUCUCAUCUCUGGGCCAGUG